AAUGGUGCAGCGACAAUGGCGGCCAUUUCCGCCCCAGCAGACGACAUUUCUGAGGAAAACCCGGCGUUACGGCUGGUCCAGGCGCAGUUCAUGGCCAUGGUGCCGCUCAGGUUCUUUAGAUGGAAGUUCCCUAUAGAACAGGUACAGAGCCCGACCCUGAGUCAUGCUCGGCCGUUGCUCUACCAUGUGAGCCUCCCCAAUUGUUGGGGUGUCAGAACGUCAGUCCUUGAUGGGGGCAGCAGGGGAAAGGCUGUCUUUGAUCUGGAGGAUCAGAAAGAGCUGCUACAAAUGACUGUCCAUCACCCCAUCAUCAUGAGGUACCCCACCUCCCUGUCUUACAGGCAAGCCUUCCUCAAGUACAUCAUACAGCAGUGUGAGGAUGCAGGCCAGGAAGUGUGUGAUGAUCUAUAUGAGGUAUACACCUGUCUGCUAGUCAGUACUCUGGAGCCCACCUCACCCUGCUGCUACAAGACUUACACACUGCCCUGUGGGAAAACUGUGGUGUUGAGAGAAGCCACACAGAUCAUCUCACAUGGAACAACUGGAUUAAGAACUUGGGAGGCCGGACUGUGCCUUGCUGAAUGGGCAGUGGAUAACUCAGCCGUUUUUGAGCAAAAAAAAGUUCUUGAACUAGGAAGUGGCAUGGGCCUGACAGGACUGGUCAUCAGCUCCUGCUGCAGCCCCGCCCACUACAUCUACAGCGACUGUCACCCCAACGUCCUGGCCAACCUCUGGGAAAACCUGGUCCUCAACUGCAAACUCCGAGAGGAGGGGGGAGGCUCAGUAAACGGCAAGCCCGCGGGCACGACAGUUAGACAGAAGAGCGUGCAUGGCAGCUCUUAUCACAGCAAGCAUGCCACCAACAACACUGAAGCUGUUGUGGUAAAUUACAGAACAAGCCACAGGGACUGUAAUGGUGAUGAGAGGGAGCAAACUUGUAACAAGUGUCAACAUAAUUCAGACACUAAUCUGUCUACUUACCGGGAGCAUGCAGAAGAGGCUGUGCAUGAGACAGAGCUGCAGAGUUGUACUAAUACCUCGGUGUUUAGGUUUGGAGAAUCAGAUCAUGAUAACAUGGAGAAUGUGAGUUGGUACACAGGGAAUCAACCAUGGGAAACCAAACUUGUGCAAGGUUCCAAAAUGUCUGUGAUGAGUCUGGACUGGGCCUCAGUCACACAGGAAGAGCUCCAGUCACUGGCUCCUGAUGUCAUUAUAGCAUCUGAUGUUGUGUUUGACAAUGAGUUGGUGGAGCAUUUUGUCGCAUUACUCCUGAAGGCUCUACACCCUGCCCCUGGUAGGAGGAACAGCCCUGUUGCCUAUAUUGCCUCCACCAUAAGAAACCAGGACACCUAUGACUUCUAUGUUAGGAAGUUGGAGGAAGCUGGGAUCUGCAGGGAGGACCUGAGUCUGGGAUCUACGGCAGUAUUCUUCUAUGACAGGCAGCAGACAUUAAAGAUACACAAGUUAUGGAUGAGAUAGCACCUAUCAGCUAGUCUUACCUUUAUCUUUGAGGAACGUACAAAGGAAAUCCAUCUAUUAUCUUUUUACUACUAUCAACUCAGCCAUGUAGAAAACAUAAUGAAUGAUCUCCCAGAUUUAGAUAUUACACAACAGGGGCACUUGUAGCCUCAGAAGAAAGCACCAGGUGUGGUCAUGGAUAUAUAUUUUUUGUGUGAACGUUGUAAUUCACCAGGUGCUGUUUCAUGAUCCAUGGAAAAAGCAGAGGUUUGAAACAACUGAAGUGCAAAAAGGAUGUUCCAUAUGAUAGUUAACCAUCAGUGCAAUAAUAGUUUUAGUUUUAAUGUUUUUAAUUUUUAUUCACACCUUCACCUAGUCCCAGGCUCGACUCUUGUCUCAAUUUCUAUCGUAUCGCAAAAUUUGUGAACACGUCUACUUAUCUGAAAAAUGUCCCUUGUCAUGUGCCAAAAUGAUAGAUAAGAUGAGGUGGACACCUCAUUAUAUAAAGGCCAUCAUUCUUCUUUAUGAAAUGACUGGUGCUAGUGGGCCUUUCACCAGAAUGAUAUACUCAACAAGAUAUUACCUUCCAAAUAUCACAGCUGUAUCUCCAGGGUUAUGUAUGGUCGUAACUUUACAAGUGGCCAUCUGAGCAGCCUACAUAGCAUUUGGGAAAUGGAAGGCCCAUGGUUAUGGCUUGAGGCAGAACAACACAACUGAAUAGAUGGAGG